AACUUUCUCUUCACCGACCACCAUAAUUCGUCCUGACAUGUUCUCCACAAUGACCAUUAAGGCUUAGGGCACCCGUUAUAUCCAAAACAUCCUCAACCGGAUAUCUGGAUGGCUCAAAAUGUGAUGCAAGGCGGAAACUAAAGACUGAAGUCCAACAAUCCUCUGUUCUGGCCCCGGAUGGAAAUCUCAUGCAAACCCGGAAUGUAUUACGCAUGAAUCAUCAUCAGACGUUCCCGACACCGGGACAUAUCUUCAGAGGCUGACUCAGAUUCGAACUACCACCAUGACUGGGAUACAAGACCUCCCAUUCGAUGUCCUCCUCUACAUCAUGUCCAGAAUCCAUGAUAGACGAGCGUUAUACGAUUACAUUCGAGUCAGCAAAGUGUUUUAUGAAGCUGGGAUGCCAAGUCUGUAUCGUAGCAUAAGUUUGGUCGUUUUGAGGGAUUAUGGAUCGGGCUUCAACUUUCAUCCCCUCGAUACUUUGGACAAGCAUACGUAUCUUCGUCCCUAUGUGGAAGACGUCGAAAUCUGCUUUGACCUCAACGAAUACAUCAAGCACCAGAGUCUAAGCUCUCGUUCCUCUCAACCUUCCCCUCAGUGGUCCAAAUCUCUUUCACACCUUCGCAACAUCACCUUAUUGACGAUAUGGCAUCCCGAGAAUCGAUAUUACCCUAUUCGUCCAGAAUUUUCUGAUACGUUAAUCUCGGCUGUUUUGGAAUUCGAGAAGUUGGAAGAGGUCAGGCUACUUGCGAGAAUCGACGCUACGGAUAUAGGAAGGUACAGCAAGUUAAAGACCGUCAGGAGAAUGAAGUUUGGGUUGCUUACGAGUGGAGCACCGACGUUCAACAUUCUUGGAGAGUGGAUUAAGGCGAGUCGGUGCGAGGGCUUGAGUGUUAUGGAAGCGUACGCAGUCGAACCACGCACUAUGAAGCUUAUCAGUCCAUUUCUGGAUAAGCUCUCCACGUUACAUAUCGGCCCAAGCCACGCGCUUUCGAAUCGAGAUCUACUGUCGCUUUCGAGCUGUACCCCUCAGUUGCGCUUUUUUGAUAUAUUCUACGAUAAUUUCCUCGCUGUACCGUUGGACCCAGGACAUACGGUCGUCCUAAAUCACCUCGAAGUCCUCGUCGUCCGUUACUCAGGAGUAUGGAGUAAGCCUUCCUGUCAAGACCUUUUUCGCUUUCUUCGAGGCCUUCUCGCGACAUCGUCAAACUUGAAAUCAUUCAAUCUCAUAGCGGAUGACGGGAAGGAAAUUCAUCAUCCUCAGACUGGGCUUGUUGAUUUGCUGUGUAAUUCGGAGCUAGGAGGGACUUUGGAGAUCUUGAAUCUACCUGCUGUCGUAUUCAGAAAGGAGCAACUGGCGAAGUUGUUUGGGAGGAUGACCCAGCUUCGGGUUAUGUCUUUAUUCCUUAUUGAUGUCAGGGUUUUGGAAUUCUAUCAACACCUAAACCUCCGUCAUGACCAUAACUUGAAGUUAACCGCAUUAUACUUGAGGUCCAAUCGGACUGCAUGUCCCUAUUUCUCGGUUGUGCAGCAGGUGAAGAAGAUGAUGAAUGCGUUGAGAGGACGUGGAAAUGAGGGGUAUUUCCGGAGGUUGAUUCAAGAGAAGCAGACGUGGCAGGCAUUGUGGAGCGAAGGGUCAGCAACAGACAGAGCGGAAGAUGGAGCGGAUUUGUUGCAGUAUGAGUAUCCAGAGAUGUAUGGGCGGUUCUUUUGACACAUUCUCGAAUGAGAAUUGGCGAUUUCUGAUUGACA